CAAAUAUCGAUGGCCUUCCUCAAUAAAAAAGGCCACACCCUUCCAACUUGAUACAAGUAUUAAAAAACAAAAAAGGAAGGGCCUGACUUUCGCUGUUCAAAUUAAAGGCAAGUGGAGGAAGAGAGAGAAAGUGUCCAUAGUAGCGGGCCGGAAAGAGAGGGGUCAAGGGCCGGCCGGUCACGACUGCUCCCACUUCCAAAACUAAUGUGCAAGCCUGCAGCCUUUUACUCUUUCUUUUUUUCCUUUUGCUCCUUACAAACUUCCAUAUGUUUCUUUAAAAGGUUUACCACCUUAGGUUCUCUUUGGUCUCAUCAAUUCAAAUUCAAUGGAGGAGGAAGACUCCCCUGAAUCAGGAGAUGAAGCUCUCUCUCUCUCUGAUCUCCCACUUUCUCAACAAUGCCAAAUCAAAAACACAAACAACAACGAACCCACAAAGGAUGUCUCAGACUUCUCUGAUUUCGAGUUCGAUUCAAGAGCAUCGUCCCUUUGCUUAGCUGAAGACGUGUUUUUUUGUGGCCAAAUCCUUCCAUUGAGGCCCUCGGUUAGCUCAGAAGACUGCAGUCGGAACCUGAGCUUGCGCUCUGACUCGUCGGGCACGAGUACAUGCUUCACCGCGACACGGUCCCAGGGUUCCUCUGGAAGCAGCAGCCGACACUUUGAGGAAGAGAGUGUUUGUCCAUGGCACACACAAUCGAGCCCCAAACCGGGUCUGCGGGGCAAAGUGCCUUGCAAGGUGGGCCCUGAGCACCGGCCGGCGGUGUGGUGGGGGGUUUUUCGGCUGGGCUUGGUGAGGCAGCCGGCAGAGAUCAAUUUGCUUGAUUUGAGGCGGCGACAAGAAAAAGGAGGAGAGGAGCCGAAAAAGAAAAGAGAGAAAGGGAAGAAGGAGGAAAACAAGGAGAGGAAAAGGGAAAUGGGGUGGUGUAUGUUGGGUGGGUUGUCAUGUAAGUGUUCUGCAACUGCCAUUGCGGAGAUGACCGAGAGGCGGGCGCGCGAGGCACCGUGGGUGGGAUCAAAGGAGGCAGGGGAGGAGCAGGCGCGCAGGCGCACUUUUGAGUGGCUCAAGGCACUCGGGGCAGGAGUGGCCCCGGAGCCGUAGCUCAUCAAGGGCGUCUCUGAGUAAGUUCGAUUCAAGCCCAAAACCUACUUACUCCUAACAAACAACCAUGGGACUCAAGUUUGCAUGAUCAAUUGAGUUUCAGAUAAACCUACAAUGUCAAGCAAUGUAAGCAGUAACAACAAAUUGCUUCUCAUAACAGCAAGAAGUGCCUGUAAUAGGAAACACAGUAUUAAGGUUGAAGCAGCAUUUGAAUUGCAGAAUUUUGUAGUUGAGGUCACAAACUCAAGAUGCAGUUUAGUUGAUCCAUAUAGGCCAUGAGUUUGAACCCAAAUCCAAGAACUUUGAUGCCUCUCUUUCUGUGAAAUCAGUUUCUUGUUUUGUUUGUAGUCCUUCCAUUCUCUUUUUCUGAACUUCUGUUUGUUAACUUGUGUUGUUUGUAUCCCAUGGCCAUGGCUGCAAACCCCUGACAUGUUUUACUGGAAAACUUUUUUCUUUCUUUAGUAAAUACAAGUGGAUUUAAGCACGGGUUCAUG